AUUUUAGGGUAAAACUUAAGAAAUAAUUUAGAAAAUGUUUCAAUUUGAAAAUGUUUCAAUUUUAAAGCAAAAAUUCAUUGGUGUACUAUGAAGUUAUUUAUAUAGUUUGCAUAUUUAUUGUAACUUUAUGUGAAUGAAGGUUCAUUAAUUUUGCUUUAGGACAUGGCUGGUAUGUCUUCUUUAAUAAACAGUAAAUCGGCUUGUAAUGAAACAGCUGAAAUUCCUAAGGGCAGCAGAAACAAAACUAAUUUAGAAAGGAAGAGAGCAAAUGAAAAUGAACUUGAGCAAGAUGAACCACCAGCAGAGAAAGGAUCUGUAUUUGUUAACUCAUUUAUCACCAAAGACCAAAAGAAAAGUGAAGAAAUACAAAAGACCAUUUCAGAAGAUGAGGACGAUAUUAGAGUUUUACAAGAAAAGAAUAGAGAGCUGAAAACACUUGUACUUAUCAUUGAGAGUAAACUUAAAAGGGAAAAGGAGGAGAAAGACAAACUGUACUUCUCAUUGAGACAACUUUCCUGUUCUGAAGAACUGCAACAGCAACUUUCCUGUUCUGAAGAAAAGAGUUUAACUUUAAGUAGAAAGGUCCAACAAAUUCAGGCAAAUUAUGACAGCAUAAUUGCUGAAGUAAUAAGUGUGCAGAAAAAUAUAAAACAAGAACCGGAAGAAAAGAUCAUGAAAUUGUCAGAGAAGAUAGAAGUUGCUACAAGAAACAUCACAAGCAAAUUUUCACAAAUAAAAUUAAUACAAACAAAAAUAGAUGAACUGCGUUCACUUGAUUCAGUUUCUCAGAUCUCAAACAUAGAUUUACUCAAGCUCAAGACUCAGUCAAAUGGUCUAGAGGAAGAGAAUUUGCCAGACAUACAGUUAAACCUUUCAAGUAAUAAUUUUUUGGCAAGUAAGCAGGUUAAAGAAUAUCAUAUUCAAGAACUCAGUAGGGAGAGUUCUUUCUACUCUAGUAUUGAAGCCAUUUGGGAAGCAUGUAAAGAAAUGGUGAAGGCCUCCUCCAAAAAAAGUCAUAAGAUCCAGGAACUACAACAACAAAUUGAAAAAUUACAGGCGGAAAUAAAAGGUUAUAGGGAUGAAAAGUGUGUACUAAAAGUAAAGCACAGAGGGCUUGAGAAUCAAGAUGACCUACAAAAAGAAAGAGAAAAUCUUAUACAGCAGCUGAAAGAAGAACGGCAAGAGAAAAAUGCUAAUCUUAAUGUUCAAGGACAGCUUGUAGUUGAAGGAAAGAAAGCACUUUCAGAGCUGACACAAGAUGCUAUUUGUUAUAAGGCAAAAAUAAAGGAACGUGAAAGAACCCUAGAGACUCAGAAAGAAGAGUGUAGUCAUUUAGCUAAGUUAGAGCAAGACAUUUUGGUAAAAGAAUCCGUCAUCUUAAAGCCAGAAGAAAAUCUGAAGGAAUUUCAAGCAAAUCUUAAUGAUUCUAUCAAAAACACCACAGAUUUAAAUGAAAAGGAAGUUAAGUUGAAAGAAGAAAUCACACAGUUAACAAGUAAUUUACAGGAUCUGAAGCAUUCACUUCAAUUAAAGGAAGAGGAAAAAGAAGCCAACAGGCAAGAAACAGAAAAAUUGAAGGAGGAACUCUCUGAAAGCUCUGCUGUCACCCAAAAUCUGAAAGCAGAUCUUGGGAGAAAAGAAGAAGAUUAUGCUGAGCUGAACGAGAAACCGACUGAUGCCAAAAAGCAAAUCGAGCAAGUACAGAAAUCGGUAGGUUAUGUGAAAAGUUGUGUGGCCCUUCUCAGAUGGGAAAGAUCAUUUCUCUUGUCUAGAAAGUUUAGGUGCUAAUUUUAGAUCUGACCAGAGCAUUUAUCAACUUUGUAAUAUUUCUUGAUGAGAAUAGUUAUUUUAUAAAAG